CGCAAUCCAACCUUCAACAUGGAGGAAGUGGUGCAAUCAUUGCUGCUCCUGGACGUGUUGGAAGAAGCUCAGCGACUUCGCCACAGCAUGUGAGUAUUAUGGGGCGAACCAGCCCAGGUACAACUAGUAUCGUGGGAGGCCAUAUAAAUACACGUACACACGCACAGACUGGUACGGAACCAACAGCUGCUGCGUCGUCGUCGUCGUCUUUUUCGAAGCUAGUGGGUGAUGGUUCUGGAGACCGUAAGUUCUCACCGAAACGGGCGUUGGCACAGGAACCGCCAGGCAUUCAGCAGGAACUUGUUCCCGCAAUGUUCUGCGGGAACUCACCGACACUGAGUAGUUCUACGCCCUUCGCUUUCAACGCUGCAUCCUCAUCAAGCAGUGGCCACAUGAUGUUUGUGGGCAGCAAGGCAACUGCGAG